CCAUUAACGAAAAGCUCAGUCAAGUUUUGUGAGUCGAAGGAGGCACACCAGUUUGUCCGUGCGCAGACGACUACACGACUACCGACACGUUGUUUUUUUUAUUAGUGGAUAUUUCUACCGCAUUCUUUCGGUAUAGAGGAGCUAUAUACGCAGACAAGUGACCCACAAAGUGACCCAGGCGCUGUCGCUUUAAAGCGAACACUUCCCCUCCCCCCAAUAUUGGAGCCCCCCCGCCCCCCCCCUCCCCCCAAUCGCCUAGAUAACAUGGACGGAUUCUAUGACCAGCAAGUCCCAUUUAUGGUCCCACCCAGUCACAAGUCCCAUGUGGAGGAGCCCUCUCACAGCAGGCCCCUGAACGACAGGAAGAGGAAGUUUGUUGACACAGAGCUCGCCCAGGACACCGAAGAACUCUUCCAAGACCUCAGUCAGCUGCAGGAGAUCUGGAUAGCAGAAGCCCAGGUGCCCGAUGACGAACAGUUUGUCCCAGAUUUCCAGUCGGAUAGCUUGAUGUUUCAUGGCCCGCCACCAGCCAAGAUCAAGCGAGAGCUGACUCCCCACAAAGAGCUGUCUCCCUGCCGCCAGGACAGGAGUCCCAUGCCCUACGGAGAGAAGUGCCUUUACAGCUACAGUGCCUGUGACAGGAAGCCCACUCCUGGGUUCAAGCCAUUAACUCCCCCCUCAACACCAGUCUCUCCUUGCGGCCCCACCAGCACAGCAGGAACGCACCCGUUGAGUGAGCAGACCCCCCCUCCUCACCCCCAUGUAGCCAACCCGACCCCAGUGCAGCGUCCAGUGCACCUACAGCAGGCGCUAACGGUGAGCGCAGGGUCUCCCAACCAGCAGGUGCUCCAAGGCCACAGCCACAGCCCACCCUUCGCCGUGCCCUGCGCACCCAUCAGCCAGGAUGCCAACACCUUCUCACCCGAGCACAGGUUCCAGAGGCAGAUGUCAGAGCCAUGCCUACCUUUCCCCCCAUCAGAGAGUCAAGGGCGCCCCCAGUUCCUGCCUCAGCCUGCCAAUAACAACAGCGCUCUGCCACGGGACAGCCGGCCACCGUACCAUCGGCAGAUGUCAGAGCCAUUGGUAGCCGUGCCUCCCCAGGGUUUUAAGCAAGAGCUCAUCGACCCACGAUACACGGAGCAGGGCGUCCCCACCAUGGGCCCCCCAGGUCCACCCCAGGGCCCUCCGCGUCAGGCCGCUUUCCACCCCAUGGCCAUCAAGCAGGAGCCUCGUGAUUUUUGCUUCGAUUCUGAAGUGCCUAACUGUCAGUCAUCGUUUGGGAGAGCGGGGAGCUUCUACCAAAAUAACCAUGAAAGCUUCUCCUUUGACAGAGAUCAUCAGCUGUACUUUGACGAUACCUGUGUGGUCCCUGAGAGACUAGAAGGUAAAGUGAAACAGGAGCCCUCUGUCUAUCGUGACGGCCCCCCCUACCAGCGCCGUGGCUCCCUGCAGCUCUGGCAGUUCCUCGUCACGUUACUGGACGACCCAGCCAAUGGCCACUUCAUAGCCUGGACUGGUCGCGGCAUGGAGUUCAAACUCAUUGAGCCUGAGGAGGUGGCUCGCCGCUGGGGCAUCCAGAAGAACAGACCGGCCAUGAACUAUGACAAGCUGAGCCGCUCGCUGCGUUACUACUAUGAGAAGGGCAUCAUGCAGAAGGUAAAGGUGGCUGGUGAGAGGUACGUGUACAAGUGUUGUGUGCGACCCCGAGGCUCUCUUCUCCAUGCCUUCCUGACAAACCAGAGGCCCAACCUGAAGCCGACCCGGACAGCCUGCCAGGCUGGACGACGACACCGUGCCCCUACCCACACGACGAGACCGCCCCCGUACAUGCUUGGACGCCGGGGAAGCAGUGCGUGGCAGGCUUGCCCUUCCCGACGGCUACAGCUACUAGCGAGACGCAGACUCCUGAAUGCACAACAACCACAUUGUUACACGCAAACACUCCAAAGUCUCUCGACACCCACUCUUAAAAUCCAGAGCUGGAACUGCAGAGGUGCUUGAAGGGGAAAAACCCCUUGCGCUCCGCUUUCUUCACGGUUCCCCCCUCUCCUGCUCCCUGGAAAACCUUCAUAAAACUCUGCAAAGCUCCCAAGCUUAAGAAACGAAUGAGGGAAAAACCUGC